AUGGCCCACCUCCUCUCGCUCUGUGCAAGAGAACAAAAGCCAGACAAGUUGAUGAAAGAUGAGAGAGAAUCCACACAGAGGGAGGAGGAGGAAGAGGAAGACGAUUUGAUCUUUGUCGGAGUGGAACACGUCAGCAAAGAUGACGAUAUUGUCUUUGUCAAGGCAUUUUCCAAUUCCAAACCAGCCAUUUCCAAGAUUCUGAAUAGAGACACUCCGGGAUCAUAUUCAAGAAGACAGAAAGGCCUCCUCAGUCCAGAUCCUACUCACUGCUCCCAGCUUGCAAGUUAUGUCACCCCUGCUGAAAACAGAAUGGCCAUUGCACCAGCUCCUCGGCCUCGGUGGCGUUCAGCAGGUAGCUCCAUGACUACUGAAUCUCCAUCUGAAACCAGCGAUAACAUGAGCUCAGCUGACAUGGAUGCUGGCAAGUACUCAGAAUCACUUACCCCAAGGAUACAGUCUGUGGUGGGAGCUAUUCUCCCUAUCGGGGGUCAAGGCCAGAGUCUGUGUGAUUCAAAGAACAUGUCCACUUGGGAGAGAAAUGACAGGAAUUCCAGAACAUCUGAACUUGAUGAUGGAAUCCCAAGGGCAGGCUGUCCAGCAGUGGCUCCUUCUGGCAUUUCUUGGGUCACAGACAGAGAUACACAUUCAGAAGAUGUCUGCCUCUCAUCUCAUGUUCAGAACAGGAUGAUGUUUUCUGGGGUUGACACUGAUGAGAAGACACAUUUCGGUCUGAGGCACUCAAAGGGAGUAAACGACCUUGCAGGACUGGCCAAACCAGACUGUGCGAGUGGAGCAAGUCAACAUCAGGCCCCGGGUCCCAUGAAAGAAACCCUGAUCAUGUUACUGAAUGACUUCUACUACGGUCAGCAUCAGGGAGAUGGGCCGUCCGAGCAGAAAACUCAUACCACCUUUAAAUGCCUCAGCUGUGUGAAAGUUCUCAAGAACAUUAAGUUUAUGAAUCAUGUGAGGAACCACUUAGAACUUGAGAGGCAGAGGGGUGACAGCUGGGAGCACUACACCACCUGCCAGCACUGCCACCGGAAGUUUCCCAUCCCCUUCCUGCUGCAGUGUCACAUCGAAAGAGUGCACACUAGCCAGAAGCCGUCUGCCGUUUGCAAAAUCUGUGAAUUGUCCUUUAAAACGGAUCAGAUUCUCUUAGAACACAUGAAGGACACCCAUAAGCCGGGGGAGAUGCCGUACGUGUGCCAGGUUUGCAGUUACCGAUCGUCAGCCUUCGCGGAUGUGGAAACUCAUUUUAGAACGUGCCAUGAGAACACCAAGAACUUGCUUUGUCCGUUUUGUCUCAAAAUCUUCAAAAGGGCAGUACCGUACAUGGCUCACUGUUGUAAGCACCAACGCAAGAAAGGCUUUCUGUGCUCCAUGUGCCGGCUACAGUUUUUGAGUAGGAAGGAGGAGACAGAACACAAGUUCAAACACCACCAGACUUUCAAAAAACCAGAGGUCCUGAGCCACUUGUCUCCUGAAGCAGAGAUUCGUAUUCAGACCUCAAUCCAACCACAAUCAGAGGGUGUGGCAUCCAUUGUUGUGCGCAAUGCUCCCUCUUUGGUGUCACCUGUGAAAACUACAAAGAGGAUGCGUGUGAACUCUUAG